ACAAAACGUCAUCCAACAAAGAUGCUAAUUAUCAAACGAAUAAUAAUGAAUAUAAUGGUGUCGCGGCUUUUAAAGCAUCAAGUAUUGAAUAUUAAUGUGAUUUAAAUGCAUAUUAUAUAAAAAUCAGUAGUCGAGAAUCUACGCGUGUCAGUAAACUGAAUUUGUUUCGCUUGUGAUUAAAUGUGAGUGUGUAAAAUGUAAACAAAAGGUUGUUAACAGAAGGAUUUAUAAUAAGGAUAUACACCUCGCCAUAUAAGAAAAUGAGUGGCAGAAUAGACAGAAGAAGCAACCCAAAUGGGGAUCUGGUUAUCGAUAAUGUUCUGACAUCACAGCCAGAAUUGGGUCCCAGUAUUCCAGAUGGAGGAUAUGGAUGGAUUGUUUUUGUGUGCACGUUGUUUUUCCAUCUACUAAUCCCCAGUCUCCUAGUAAGCUUCGGAAUUUUUGUUGCCUUUUCCCGGUAUGCGGCCUCAAUUCAGAACCUAUCAUCUCGUCAAUCUUUGGUUCCAGAAUUAUGGGAUGAUAAUGUAUUGCACGUGCCGUUAUUUUUUGUUGCCAGUUGGACUUUAUUUGACCCUGCAAGUAGAAAAUUCAUCUCCCAAAGCAUCUGGCCUAAACUAUUUGCCACUGCAGGAACUUGUCUUACAUGCGCGGGGCUGCUUUUCUUUUGGAUGGGAAGAACUGGUUAUCAUCCAUCCUGGAUUUAUAUUUUAUCUGGCACAGUUUCAGGUAUUGGCAGCUCUAUUCAAAUGGCCCAAUGUGAAAUACUAUUGGCUCAAUAUUUUAAACUAAAAUUGGCAAUAUUGACUCAUUUAUCUCAUGCAGUAUCUGCCCUCGGCUUUAUAUUGGCACCAGUAGUUUUGGCCCAUCAUAUCUUAGCUCAAAGCGAAACCCAAGUGCUUCUGUGGUACCAGGCUAUUAUUUUACAGGGCCUAAUUUUAAAUUUAUUGCUUAGAAAGCCCAUGUACUUAAAGUCUAAAAGUGUCAGCAGGUACAACUACGUUACCACGACGCCUGAUGAUGAAGAGGAUAUAUUUUCAAAGAGUUCCAGGGAAUUACAGAUCAAAACCGAAAAUGGAAACGAACUUGAAAGGCACGAGGUACCGCAAAAUGAGGAUGGAAAUGUUGAUAGUCCAACUGAAACUAUAACUGGGGAAAAGGUUGCAAAAGAGGUAACCAAAAAAUGGGUCUCUUUUGAGGAAGACGAGGAGGGAGAAACCACAAAAUAUGAAAGAGUAAAUGGACAUGAAUCAUCAAACGGAGACAUCCGAAGUGUACCUCAGACUGUAACGGAUCCAAAAAAGAACUGGGAGAAAUUUGAAGACGAUCCAGAAAACCCACAAGAACCACGAAAUCAUAAGAAUCUUCACUUGGAAAUGUCUUUUGGAAAUAUAAAUGAGCCCACCAGUAGUAUUAAUCACGAAAGACCCUCUACUAGAACUAUAAAUGGGUUCCCAAUUCCACUUUUUUCCGAUAUGCCAGUAAACAACAACACUACCUAUUCUUAUGAUAUGCUAGAUACAAACGAGGAACCACGAUCAUCAGUAUUUAUGCCAACAACAGUCUCUUCAAAUCAUGUUUCUGCGUUUUCCCGGACUUCCCUGGAACUGUUACAGACCCCCACGUUUUACAAGUCUCUUUUUACAGUAAUUACUACCAAAUGGUCGCUCUUUGUGUUUUUUGCUUUAUAUCCAACCUUCUUAUUUGAGGAAGUAGAAGAAGUUCGGCUACGCCACUUGUGCAAUUUAGUUGGAACCAUAUCUUUAGCCACGUUAAUAUUUACUGGGGCAUCAUUUUGGAUAAAUAUUGAGAAAAGAUGGAGGCCUAAAGUUAUCUGGUUCUUGAGCUGGAUAGGUGCUCUAGGAUACUUUAUGAUAUCCGAUUAUUUCACUGAAGGACUGCUGAUAUUUGGAGCAGUUCAGAUAGUGCUUAGUAUAGCUGCCCUACAGCAUAUUGCUACUCCACUGUUAGGAUUAACAGUGAAAGGCGAAGCAACCACUGAAUACACGCUGAUCUGUAUUUUGACUGGGCUGUCAUUUGGACUUUUUUCUUGUAUCCAUGUACCAAUAAAGACAGUAUUUCGGCUAAUGGCAGUUCUUAAAUUUUUCACUGGGUGUCUGUGGUUAGGUAACUACAUAUACAAGAGACUGAGAUAGUAUAGAUAAUUGCUUUUAUAUUUAAUAAAUCUGUAAGUAUUAUUUUUCAAAUAUUGUAUUAUUAAUAUAAUUAAUAAAUUGGUUUAUUAUCCUA